AUGAAGACUUCUCUAAAGAACACUCUUUCAGAUCUGAUGGACAUGUUCCAGAAGAGAAUGACAAACUUUGAAGAAGAGUUGCAGAAGUCCUCCAGUACACCUGCCAGCACUGCAAUCUUAGCUGCCGAAUAUAGUGCUUUUAAAGUGUUUGUGGGCCAAGCACUGUCCAGCCUUCAAAAACAAGUUGAGCUCCUUUCUCGUGAUGUGGACCGUCUGGAGAUGAGAAACCGUAGAAAAAUACUUCUAUUCCAUGGUAUACCAGAAUCACCAAAGGAAAACAUCACUUUGAGCAUUACUGAAGUGUUCCAGUCUAGACUUAAGUUCACUGAUUGUUCUGCCGAGGAUAUAAAGCGUUGCCACAGAAUGGGACGACCAACUGCUCCACACAAACCUCGUCCCAUACUAGUGAAACUCCAUGAUGUGGCUUUACGUGAUAAAAUCUGGUACUCCAAAUCACUAUUGAAGGGAUCAGGUAUUACAAUUUCUGAAUUUUUAACUAAGUCUAGACAUGAAGCAUUUAUGGUGGCUCGAGAAAAAUUCGGGAUAGCAAACUGUUGGACAAAGGAGGGCUUUGUUUACGUUCUGCGGCCAGGUGGUUCUCGACAUCGCGUAAUAAAUAUCAGUGAUAUUCAUGAAAUUGAAGCCCCGGCAUCAACUCCUAAGCCAGCCAGCUAC